AUGUCUAACAACUACCUGGGCCUGUCCUCCAACCCUGAGGUUAUAGCUGCUGGUAAGACAGCGUUAGACACCCACGGAGCAGGUCUCAGUUCUGUUCGCUUCAUCUGCGGCACACAGGACAUCCACAGGGAGCUGGAGCAGAAGAUAGCAAAAUUCCAUGGAAGGGAGGACGCCAUCCUGUAUAUCAGCUGUUUUGACGCCAACGCGGGGAUCUUCGAGGUUCUGUUGGGACCGGACGAUGCGGUGAUCUCAGACGAACUCAACCACGCCUCGAUCAUCGACGGGAUCCGACUGUGCAAGGCCCAGAGGUUCAGGUACAAACACAAGGACAUGCAGGACCUUGAGUCCAUCCUUCAGCAGACACAAGGCUGUCGGAUGAGACUGAUCGUUACUGACGGCGUGUUCAGCAUGGAUGGAAACGUCACCCCGCUGCGGGAGAUCUGUGACCUUGCCGACAAGUACAACUCCAUGACCUUCAUCGACGAGUGCCACGCCACCGGCUUCUUGGGAGCCACUGGGAGGGGAACAGAAGAGUUCCUGGGAGUGGAUGGGAGAUGUACCAUCAUCAACUCUACUCUGGGCAAGGCACUGGGAGGGGCUGCAGGUGGUUACACCGCAGGACCCAAGGAGCUUGUGACCUUGCUGAGACAGAGGUCACGACCUUACCUGUUCUCCAACACCCUCCCGCCCCCCGUGGUGGCCUGUGCCAGUAAAGUGUUCGACCUUCUGAUGCAGGGAGAGGCUGACCUGCCCAGGAAGGUGGCCGAGAACACAGCAAGGUUCCGUGAGAAAAUGGUGGCCGCCGGGUUCACGAUUGCCGGGGACAACCACCCCAUCUGCCCGGUGAUGCUGGGUGACGCCCGUCUCGCUUCCGAGAUGUCAGACGCUCUGCUAAAGCGAGGGAUCUACGUGAUCGGCUUCAGCUAUCCGGUGGUUCCGAAGGGCAAGGCGCGAAUCCGUGUCCAGAUCUCCGCUGUGCACAGCUUCGAGGACAUCGACCGAACCGUGGACGCCUUCAUCGACGUCGGGAAGCAGUUUGGCGUGGUUUCGUAAUGAGUGAAGUGGCCAAAACAGGAACCAAACUUGUGAAAUGAAUUCCGCCAAAAAGCAGUUACUCAAGCAACUGGAUAUGAUUUUGGAAAUGGUCAGACAUUUUAGCUAGUAUCCACUAGCUUUCGUCAGUGACUGAGAGACCAGAGGAGAGAUGCAUUUGCUUGAGUAACUGCUUUUUGGCGUAUCUUAUUACCUGGAUGUCUAACUUUCAUUGCCUUAUGAAAUAAAGGCUAAUCUUACUCUCCAACACUGGAAUAAACAGACCAGUUUACCUUUCACAG